AUGGCGCCUUUCUCUAGCCAGGAGACAGCGAUACUCCUUUGGAUGACAUUUAAACUUUCACGAGCCGUCUUCUGUGGCCAACAUGACCCAGGCCUCCAUGUAAUUGCCACGGCUCGUGAUCCAUCAGUAUUGACGAAUCUCGCCGCCCAGGCAUCGAAAACUGUCACAACAUUUUUUUCUGAGCUCACUGGAGGUCGUCUGGACAUUUUAGUCAACAAUUUAUGCACACACACGCAUCCCGCAUUAGACUUUUCCAUACCAGACUUACCCGCAACUUUCGAGGUCAACGUAUUCGGGGUGAUGGAUGCAGUGGCUGCCUUCUCCAACCUCCUCAUUGAGUCCAAAGGCCUGAUCAUCAACAUUACCUCUCUGUCGGCUCUGACUCCUUACGUCAUCGGCAGUGCCUAUUGCGCAAGCAAAGGUGCUGUAGUCAGCUACAGUCGCACCCUGCGCCAGGAACUUCGCCUAUUCGGCGUAAGGGUAAUGAUCUGCAUGAUCCACAGGACUCUGCCUCCAGACUCCUUGCACAACCCUGUCAACGAACUUUUCGAGAAGCGCUUAGUUUUCAGCCACAACAACAGUCCAGUCGAUAAUGAAAUAUUUUCACGCGAACUUACUUCUGACGCACUGAAAAGGAUAUCUCCUCGGGUUUGCAGGACCUUGGUUGAAGCCCCUGAAAGCAAGCCCUUCCAAUCACCUUGA